GUACGGCAGACUUUAAGAUCCAAAACUUAGCAAGAAUCUGUUUUUUUUUUUUUUUUGUUGACUGCAGCUUAGCAAGAAUCUGUUUCCAUUUGAGAUUUAAGGGUUUUCAGUUUCAUCUCUCUCUAUAUUUUCCCAAUUUUUUUUUUUUUUUUUUUUUUUUGUCAACAUAUUUUCCCAAUUUCUUUUCUCCAUUCACUUUACCUAAAAAAAAAUCUUUCUGUAUAAAACCUAUCUCAGAAUCUGAAUCUAAAUUAGAAUCAAAACCACUAUUUUUUUUUUCCGCCGUAAUCAGGAAAAUGGGAUCGGAAACCGGUGACGACGGGCUUCGUCGGAGAGGCUGUUCGUGCACGAAGGACGAUUUUCUCCCGGAGGAAUCGUUCCAGAGCAUGGGGAAUUACUUUAAAGCCCUCAAAGAGACGCCGCGUCGGUUCAUUGAUCGUCUUACGACUCGGUCACUCGACUCGACGGAGAUUCACGAGAUGAAGGCUCGUAGUGGUAACGAGAUGAAGAAGACGUUGACGUGGUGGGAUCUGAUGUGGUUCGGCGUCGGUGCAGUCAUCGGCUCCGGAAUAUUCGUUCUCACUGGACUCGAGGCACGUGAGCAUUCAGGUCCCGCCGUCGUCUUGUCUUACGUCAUCUCCGGUAUCUCCGCCAUGCUCUCCGUCUUUUGCUACACUGAGUUCGCCGUCGAGAUUCCCGUCGCAGGCGGUUCUUUCGCCUACUUGAGAGUAGAGCUCGGUGACUUCAUGGCUUUCAUCGCCGCCGGAAACAUUAUCCUCGAAUACAUAGUCGGCGGAGCUGCCGUGUCUCGGUCAUGGACCUCUUACUUCGCCACUCUCUUAAACCACGAACCUGACGAAUUCCGCAUAAUAGCUCAUAGCCUCGGCGAAGACUAUAGCCACUUAGAUCCAAUCGCGGUCGGUGUUUGCGUGAUCAUUGGCGUUUUAGCUGUCGUUGGCACAAAAGGCUCGUCAAUAUUCAAUUACAUCGCUUCUAUAGUCCACAUGCUCGUGAUUCUGUUCGUAAUCAUCGCCGGUUUUACUAGAGCCGAUAUCAAAAACUACUCCGACUUCGCUCCGUUUGGAGUUAGAGGAAUAUUUAAAUCCGCGUCGGUUCUUUUCUUCGCCUAUAUUGGAUUCGAUGCGGUUUCCACGAUGGCGGAGGAGACGAAGAAUCCGGGGAAGAAUAUUCCGAUUGGUCUUGUUGGAUCAAUGGUGGUUACUACCGUUUGUUAUUGUCUAAUGGCGGUUUCGUUGUGCCUCAUGCAACCUUAUGGAAUGAUUGAUCCGGACGCGCCGUUUUCAGUCGCGUUCUCUGCGGUUGGAUGGGAUUGGGCUAAGUACCUUGUCGCGUUUGGUGCUCUUAAAGGUAUGACGACAGUUUUGUUAGUUGGAGCCAUUGGUCAAGCUAGGUACCUGACGCACAUAGCCCGGGCCCACAUGAUGCCUCCAUGGCUAGCUCAGGUCAACGCAAAGACCGGAACACCAAUUAACGCAACCGUAGUGAUGCUGUCCGCGACAGCUGUCAUCGCCUUCUUCACAAAACUAAACAUUUUAGCCGAUCUGUUGUCGGUUUCCACACUUUUCAUCUUCAUGUUCGUCGCGAUUGCUCUUCUCGUCAGGAGAUACUACGUCACCGGAGAAACAUCGUCCCGUGACCGGAACAAGUUCUUAGUGUUCCUAGGUUUGAUUCUUGCGUCCUCGACGGCGACUGCUGUGUAUUGGGCCGUGGGAAAUGACGGUUGGAUUGGAUAUUGCGUUACGGUUCCUAUUUGGUUUUUGUCUACCGUUGGGAUGAAGUUUCUUGUACCGCAAGCUAGGGCGCCUAAACUUUGGGGUGUUCCUUUGGUUCCGUGGUUGCCUUCUACCUCGAUCGCUAUCAAUAUCUUUCUGCUUGGUUCAAUCGAUGAAAAAUCGUACAUUAGGUUUGCGCUGUGGACAGGUGUUCUUCUUGUUUACUACUUCUUGUUUGGGUUGCACGCAACGUAUGAUACAGCAAAGGCCACAUCGAAGGAGAAGAUGACGACGUUGCAGAAAGCUGAGGAAGGUGGUGUUGUUGCAGAGAAACCUGGUGCUACAACUUUAGAUCACUAGCUGGUUUUCAAUAAAUGUUACAUAAGAUUGGCUUAGGCUUUCGGUUUAUUAAUUGUUGGAUUUUCUGCUGGGUUUUUAGGUUUUCAUUACGUGUUUCACAAGUUUGUAAGAUCGUUUAAAGCUUUUGCAUUAUGUUAAUAGCUUUUAUUCACGUUUGCUUCAACACAUGAUAAAUUAAGGUCUGGUUUAAACAUUCGUG